CUCACGCGCAGCCUCUACAAGGCCUUGACCGGCACCUCGUGCUUCUACACCACCGUGCAGCUCUUGCCCCUGGGGUCCGCCGUGCAGGCCGUGGAGGACCGCGAGAACAACACGCUCGAGAUCGGCGUCCCCAAACGCGUGUACUUGCAGAUCUUCGCCGAGGGCCACGCGUACUUCCAGGGCUCGUACCCCCGGGCCCCGGACACGCGGCGCAUGCCGCGCGGCCGCCUCGAAAACACCUACUUCGCGUGCUUGGCGCUCCUCGCCACCACCAACGACCACUCCACCGUCUGGCGCGUGCAUGAGCUGGUGUUGGCGGAGCUCUGCCGGCUCCACCACGGCUCGUGGGGCGCCGCCGACUUCAGGUUCUGCACGGCCUUGGCCACGUCGCGCCUCGACCGCAUCAACAAGAGCUCGCUGCUCUGGCACUGGCUCCGCAAGAACGCCGUUCUCCACGUGUUGGCGGCGCGCGGCCCCGCGCCGCUCUACGCUUUCAUCCGGCAGAUCCUCCGGGCCAUGGACGCGCAUUUGGCCAACUGCGCGGCCGGCUUCUCGCUCGUCUGGCUCGUCCUGGUGGCCCGCGCGUCGGGGCCCGCGUUCUGCGAGGAACACGUGGCCCUGCUCCUCCGGGACAAGUGCAGACGCACGUUGGGCGACGUGCUGCUCUGG